UUUCUAAGUUCAUCGGCCUCCUCUUUCGAUAUUGAUGUUUAGAUUUAGCUUUGCAUGACAAACAUGGAGGGUGGAAUUCUAUAAAAACAGCAAAAAUGUUCGACGAGAAUGGCUACACCGAUCCCUCUCAUGAUCCUAACCUCGUUCCAAAUUCUUCAUUUCAUAGCUCCUCUCAAGAACCCCUACCUGAUAACGGCCUAGGCGGCGUAAAAGAAUGCACUAAGGUCCCCUUCUUUCCGAUCGAAGAGUUCUCGAGCCAAAACCAUUAUCCGUCGUUAGAGGGGACGUCGAUAGCCGCGGGGCUCGAUCACCUCGAGAAUCAACUUGGCUUUGAUAUAGAGCAAGAGCUUCAUAGUCACAUCAUCCACGGCACGCCUUCGAUGGAAAGUGCUACUUGGGAGCCAGCCAUGCAAGACAUCCAAGAUCCGGCUAUCUACCUCCAGCAGAACUACGAAAAUCAACUGCCUAUUCCUGUGGAACAAAAUAUCCAAAGCAGUGAUGGUCUCCUCUAUCCAAAUUCAUACGCGGUCACGACCGACCUUCUAAGCUUCAUGAAACUUCCAAGGUGCACUACCAAUCCGGAUUAUCCUCCGAUGAGCGGCUUUCCGUUCGAGGCAUACAACGAGCUUUCAGGAGCAACAAUUCAAGACGGUGGUGCGUCGAUGCUUUAUGAUCCGGCACUUCAUUCGGUGGUCUGCCCUACUACUCGAUCUCACCUGUUAAAGGAUCUUCUCCAUUCAUUGCCACAAAAUUACGGGAUGCUCUACGGUGAUGAGGGGGAUGCCGUGAUCGGAGUUGGAGAAGGAAUCGGAGGGAAUAUUUUCCAACCAAUCGACGGGAGGAAAAUUAGUAGUGCGAUACUAGAUUGUAGGAGGGAGAUUGGAGGACUGGCUAAGGUGGACGGGAAACAAAACUUCGCGGCCGAGAAGCAGAGAAGAGAGCAGUUGAAUGAAAAGUAUGCAGCUUUGAAAUCAUUAGUCCCGAACCCCACAAAGUCUGAUAGAGCAUCCAUUGUGGGAGACGCAAUUGAAUACAUCAACGAGCUAAAUCGAACAAUCAAGGAAUUAAAGAUCCUCGUAGAGCAAAAGAGACAUGGAAAUGAGAGGAGAAAGAUGCUGAAGAUGGUUAAUGACGUGAAUAGUGGCGACAUGGAGAGCUCAUCAAUGAGCCCUUUUAGGGGGGAUCAAGAUAAUCCACUAAAUGGAGCCUUGAGGAGCUCGUGGAUACAAAGGAGAUCCAAGGAUUGUUUCGUAGAUGUUCGUAUCAUCGAUGACGAAGUGAACAUUAAGAUCACUCGGAAAAAUAAGGCCAAUUGCUUGUUGUAUGUCGCAAAGGUCCUAGAUGAGCUCCAACUCGAGCUAAUCCAUAGUACCGGUGCGACCAUCGGGGACCACAACAUCUUCAUGUUCAACACAAAGAUAUUCGAAGGCUCGUCAGUGUAUGCGGGUGCAGUAGCUAAGAAGAUUAUUGAAGCUAUGGAGAAACAAUAUCCAACCAUAACAUUUCCGACUAGCUUUUAAGGCCUUUUACGCGGUGCUUAGAGAAGGCCCUAAUUGCUCUGAUUCUAGUUAGAUGAGACGUUUAAAGGCGUGUUACACGUGAGAUAUAACCAUCUCCAGUAGCACUCAAUCGAUAUCAUAUCGUCCUUGUUAUCACAUACUAUUAGCUAUUAUCAUACUAAACAAUUUUAUUUCCUUGCCUUUAAGAUUGCUAACAAAUAUGCGUGUAUUCUCAUAUACUUUCUAAAAGUA